UAAGAGUGCAGCAAUAUCCUUAGUCCUGCUAAACCUAAGCCAACAACAAAUUAACUUAGAAGUGGAGUCCUGCUACUGCUCACUCAUAAAUUCAUCAUGAACCAUGAAUUUAAUGACAUGUCUGAGUACUAUCCUGCCGGAAUGAUCAGCUGCCAGUUUGUGCCAGAACAAGGGGAGGCGGAGAAGCUAAAAACGCGGCGGAGGCGGAGGAAGGGCAAAGGUGGCGAGGAUGGUGGUGGGAUGAUGAGGAAGAGGAAGCUGAGCGAAGAGCAGUUGAGUAUGCUGGAGCGGUGCUUCGGCAGCGAGCAUAAGUUGGAGACGGAGAGGAAGGAGCGGCUGGCGGCGGAGCUGGGCUUGGACCCUCGCCAGGUGGCCGUGUGGUUCCAGAACCGCCGUGCUCGCUGGAAGACUAAGAUGCUCGAGGAGGAGUUCUCCAAGCUCAGGUCCCACCAUGAGUCCACCCUUGUUGAGAAAUGCCACCUUCAGACUGAGGUUGUGAAGAUGAAGGAACAACUGAGUGAAGCGGAAAGGGAGAUACAAAGACUGUCGCGGGUGAGGAGCCACAGCCCAACUUCAUCUAGAUCUGUGUCCAUCGACACCACUCAACACUUUCUUGGUGCUCAAUUUGGAAUCGACAACGUGUUUUGCGUGCCCGACACCAACUACGCUCACGCUUUUCAAUGGGACGAUCAUCUUUAUUACAUGUAGCUACUCCUUAAUUGCCUCCCAAUGUACAUAUUCCAUCACCAUUCUAUCAAUUAAUGUCGUAAAUUCAUCUA